AUGUUUUUUUUCUCUUUAAAUUGUAGAUCAGUUACUACUGCAAGUGCUUCGUUGACACGAAAAGUCCUGUUCCCACCUCUUCUUCCUCCACAGCGACCCUUUCGGGUAUCUAACAGUGAUAGGAGCCGACGGAAAGGUGUUGUAGCAAGUACAUUAAAGGAACUUGUCGAUAAGGCCAUUGAUACAUUAUUGAUAACUGCUGGCGUGGUAACACUUGUACUAGAGGAAGAUGGCACUGUCGUUGACACGGAGGAGUUCUUCCAGUCUCUGGAGAUUAACACAAACUUUCUACUCCUUGAAGGAGGUCAGAAGUGGACACAGGAAAGAAAAGCUACACGUUCAACACCACAAACGCACAAAAAAGGAAUCGCAAAUGUUACCCUAGACUUAUACAAGUUACAUCCUAGGGAUUUUAUAGGCUGUUUGAAUAUAAAGGCAACAUUUUAUGAAAUGUACACGGUGUCUUGUGAUAUCCAGUGCUUGGGAGCCAAGAAGGUUCUACGGUGA